AUGUCUAUAUCAGAUAGACUUAUACAAACGACAGAGGACAGGAUAGGUAGUGUUCAUAAGAAAGUGAUGUUAAAACAGUUCACUGAUGUUUCCUUCACAAGGGAAAUAAAACCAGAACCAUGGAUGGGUUAUGUUGGACCUACAAUAAAAGGAGAAAUUGGUGAUGUAUUGUAUGUUCACUUCAGGAACUUAGCAACAAGGCCUUAUGGACUGCAUCCUCAUGGUGUACAAUAUUUUAAAGACAGCGAAGGAUCGUUGUAUAUGGAUGGCACUUCCGGUAGAGAUAAGUUAGAUGAUUCUGUACCACCCGGAGAGACGUAUACAUACAGAUGGUCCAUGCUAAAUUUGUUUGCUCCAACCAAAGAUGACGAGAACUGUGUUCCUGUUGGCUACCAUCCCCAUGUCAGAUCAACCAAAGACAUUGAUACUGGGCUGGUAGGGAUCGUAUUGAUUUGUAAACCUGGAACAUUGAAUCCAGAUAACUCCAGGAAGGAUGUGGAUAGAGAGUUUGUUCUGUAUGCUGACACAGUCAAUGAAACUAACAGUUGGUUGAUAGACGAGAGCUUAAAUCUAUGUCUAAAUCCACAAAGAUGUCGACAACUUUUCAACGAGAAAAAUGCGGCCUUUAUUGGGGACACGUUAAUGUAUUCGAAACAAAUUAUUAGAACACAUGCUGUAGUAUUUGGUAUAGCAUCGUUUGAAGGGUUAUACAUGACAGCCAGAAACCCUGGUAGAUGGAUGAUAUUUUGUAAAGUCAAUCACCAUUUUAAUCAUGGAAUGGCAGCUUUUGUAAAUGUGAUGCCCAGACCAGGACUACUACCACCAGCUUUAAUAAGAAGAACACGUCGUUAUUACAUAGCUGUAGAGGAAGUUGUAUCGGACUACAGACCGUCUGGAAAGGUGUUGGCGAGAGUUGGUAAAGGUUCAACUGAAAGAUCAAGGAUAGAGGAACGAUUCUUUACAAGUGAUGGAGCUGUUGGAGGUAGUUUUGUUAAAGCAGUUUACAUUGAGUAUACAGACGGAACAUUUCAAAGACGAAAAAGGCGCCGUAAAGACGAGAAACAUUUGGGGAUACUUGGACCUCCAGUUAGAGUUGAAGUUGGGGAAAUGCUAGAAAUUAUACUUUUGAAUAAUGCAAGCCGGCCUUACUCCUUUGAUCCAUUUGGUCUUGCAUUCACUAAAGAUAACGAAGGAGCAUUUUAUAAAAACGAAAGAAACAUAGAGUCUCCAGAGCUGCCUGCUGCAAUGCCUGGACAACAACGUCGCUAUAUCUUUAAUGUACCAUGGGAUUAUGGACCAACAAAGGAAGAUCCACAAUGUGUGACAGAAACGUAUCAAUCAUUUGUUGAUUAUGCUAGGGAACAGUACUCCGGUUUGAUCGGCCCACUCCUUAUUUGUAAACCAGGCUCUUUAAACGCUAAAGGAAGGCAGAGGAUGUCAGUUCAUAAUUUCCUUUGGUACUUCAAUCAAAGUAUAUCUUUGGCCAUGACGAAUGGUAAAAUGGUUGACCAGGAAAAUGCAAUGUUGAGAGAUGUAAACACUUUAAGAGCCAUUAACGGUCGAGUUUUCGGUAACAUUGGCGGUUUUGACAUGUGUAUAGGAGACCGAGUAUCUUGGCAUGUUCUUGGUUUUGGUGAAACAUUUGAUUACCAUAAUCCAGUGUUUGAAGAAAAUAAUGUCAAAUAUGAUGGUCGAAUGGUUGACCACGUGACUGUUUUCCCAGGCACUAGUCAGACUGUUUUGAUGAUUCCAGAUAAUCCAGGGGAUUGGCUUCUACAUGCUGGUCAGUUAGGAUCUCAGAUAGACGGUAUGAUAACCAAAUAUAGUGUAUACACGUGUUAUCGCCCCAUGUCCGUGUCUCGAUCCCUGUCUGUGCCUGUAUCUGUCCUUAGGAAAACUAUGAUUCGCAAAUAUUAUAUAGCAGCGGUGGAUGUUAUCUGGGAUUAUGCACCAAGAAAAAUAAAUAUUGUGACAAUGGGGGAUCUCAGGGAUCCAAACACGCCAGGGAAUCUUUAUGUUCGUAAUAAUGACAUGUUCAUUGGUACACAGUAUAAAAAGACUGUAUAUAGGGAAUUAUAUGAUGGAACAUUCUCAAGACAGGUAAAGCGUACAGAAAAAGAUAAGCAUCUUGGAAUACUUGGACCAUUCAUUAAGGCAGCAGUUGGAGAAGUCAUUGAAGUAGUUUUUAAAAAUAUGGCUUCUUUUGAUAAUUCUAUAUACUUGAAGAAUCUACCACUAGAUAAUGAAAUGUCUAAACACUUAAGAAAUGGUGUAAAACCAGGAGAUGUGAAAGUUUACAGCUGGCGAGUUCCAGAACGAUCCGGUCCUGGUAGAAAUGAGCCUAACUGUGUUGGAUAUACAUACAAUUCGCCUGUUUACCCUAAUAAGGAUAUUGCCACCGGUCUGAUUGGACCACUACUUAUUUGUAAAAGGGAUGUUUUGGAUAUUUAUGGCAACAGAAUUGACAAAACAAACAGAGAAUUUGCGUUGGCUUUUGUUAUCUUCAAUGAAGCUAACAACCAUUACUUUGACGAAAAUGUACAAGAGAGAGCUCCGAACAGAACCAACCGGGGUGACUCUAUUUUCCAGCAAUCUAAUAAUAAGUUUAGUAUUAAUGGAUUCAUUUUUUCUAACAUACCGAACCUAGACAUGAUAGAAGGAGAUACAAUAGCAUGGUAUACUUACUCAUUCGGUUCCUUCCUAGGUGCACAUUCAAAUCAUUUUCAUGAACAAACUUUUAUCAAAACUUCCGCGUUAUCUUUUCGGGAUGAUGUAGUUGGUGUUGUUCCAGGUUCAUACGAAACUGUAGAAAUGUUUGCAGAUAAUCCAGGCACGUGGUUUGUUCAUUGUCAUUUAGGAUUACAUAUGUCAGCUGGUAUGCUAGGCACGUAUACGAUUUUACCAAAGAAUUAG